AGAUCGCUUGCCAGAUUCUGUCCUGCGUGUCUGUUCUGAGGAGCAGUAGGCAGUUUCCUCCGUCCGAUAUCUCGCACACCGAAGUGCAUGUCUCCACCUGAUGGAAGACUCGAUGGACAUUGACAUGAGCCCUCUUAGGCCACAGAACUACCUUUUCGGUUGUGAACUAAAAGCUGACAAAGAUUAUCACUUUAAGGUGGAUAAUGAUGAGAAUGAACACCAGUUGUCACUAAAAAUGGUUAGUUUAGGGGCAGGGGCAAAAGAUAAAUUACACAUGGUAGAGGCAGAAGCAAUGAACUAUGAAGGCAGUCCAAUUAAAAUAACACUGGCAACUUUGAAAAUGUCCGUACAACCAACAGUUUCCCUUGGUGGCUUUGAAAUUACACCACCUGUGGCCUUACGGUUGAGGUGCGGUUCAGGGCCUGUGCACAUUAGUGGACAGCACCUAGUAGCUGUAGAGGAAGGUGCAGAGUCAGAAGAUGAAGAUGAGGAGGAUGUAAAACUCAAGGUGUCCAUUAUUAAAGGUUCCCCCAAGGAAAGGAGGUCCUGCACUGCCAGGAAUCAAGUUUAGUCAAUAUGUGAUCUG